GAGACAGGAAAUUGUGGUCUGCUGUGAAAACAUGUGGACUGGAUUCAAACGUGAAAUUACAAAACGUUGAAAGACGUUUGGGAAAUGGUAUAAUAGCCGCUGCUAGUUAUUUGACCACAGAAGUAGUCGCAGACGGCGGGGAUAUGAAAACUGCAGACGAUGUACAUGCGAGGAAUCUCAAAGACUUCCUUCAGUUGUAUAAUGUGCUGACAGAGCAAUGCUUCAUGAACUGUAUCUCAAACUUCAACCAACGAAAAAUAUCAGCAGAUGAGAUGCGGUGUAUUAAUCUGUGUACAGACAGAUAUGUGUCGUUUAACCAGCGGUUAAUGCGGGUUUUCAUGGAACAGCAAACCAGCAGACAAGAAGCCAUGAUAAAAGAGGCUGAGAAAUUAGCAGGUCAAGGGAAGAUAACCCAAGCAUCUCCAACAGCAAUGACUGAUUCUGCAGAAAAAUGAGCAGAGAUGUGAACUCUUUGACAUUAUUCAGUUGAGAUGAUCCCUGUGGGAGAAUCUGUUAAGGGAUUUUACGUUUGUUGAAAUGAUCUCAUAGUUUCAGCUUGGACUAGUGUGUGAAAAGCAGGUACAUUUGAUAUUUGUAUUGAUAGAAGAAGUGUGUAUGAUAUCAGUGAAUAGAAAAGACAGAUAUGUGAAAUGUAACAAUAUCGUGAGACUC